UAACAUUGACAGCACUCAAAUUUUACAAUUUUCGACGAUCUAAAUUACUUUUUUUACUUAUACCUUGCAUUUUGUUAUUAUCAUUAUAUUUAUACAAAAUAAUAUCAGUUAAUAAUUAUCAAAUCUACGACGACUCUGUUAUUGACGAUGGAUAUUUAAUUUGGAAUUCAAAAUGUCAUAUGCUUUCGAAAAUUCCCUUUGAUCCGUCAAUUAUGAAAUUUGUAAAAAAAGAGAAUUAUGAAAAUUGUACAAAAUUACCAUUGUUAUCGUCAAUAGUUCAAAAUGAAAAUGGACAAAAUUUAUUAAUAUUAAAUAAAAAUGAAUUGAAAUAUUUGAAUAAAAAAAUUUUUUGCUGCUGGUCACCAAUUAUUAGACCAAUUCCUAAAAAACCAAUACCAGAGGAAAAUUUUGAUUCAUCCAUUACAGUAGAAAAAUGCAUUGAAUUCAAUAAUUCAGUCAUUUUAACAAAAGAAAUAGAAACCCUAAUGGUUACAUGCAAUGAAGUAAAUGCUAAUCAGAAAUUAAAAAAACGAUCUACAAUUUAUAAAAAUGUGCACUCAAUAAUAAAUGUUGAAAAAAUUUCAAAUCGUUUUAAUCAUUCAAUUAAUGAUAAUAAGAAGAAAAAAUUAAGUGUCUUAAUAUUAGGUUUAGACAAUGUAUCAAGAUUAAAUUUCCAAAGGAAUCUACCAAAAACAGUUGACUAUCUAAAUAAAAAUGAAUGGCUAAUAAUGAAGGGUUACAAUAAAAUGGGUGAAAAUACAUUUCCAAAUUUAAUGGCAAUUUUAACUGGACAGGGACAAGAAGAAUCUCAUUCAAAAUGUACUCCUAAUGUACCAUUUGGACUUGAUAAUUGUCCAUUAAUUUGGUAUAAUUUUCGAAAUGCUGGUUACGUUACAGCCUAUGCUGAAGAUGAAGCUCCAAUGAGUACUUUCAAUUUAUUAAAGGUUGGUUUUGUCGAACCACCAACGGACUAUUAUCUACGACCAUACAUAAUAGCAACGGAGAAAUUAUUAAAAAUUCAUAAAAGAUUUGAAUGUAAUUAUUGUACAGGUCCUGAAUUAUCAGAGGAGAGAAUUAUAAAUUCAGCUGUUGAUUUUGCAAUUCGUUUAAGUGGUUUUCCAUAUUUUGGCUUUUUUUGGGCAAAUUCUGUAACUCACGAUUCAAUAAAUGGCCUAUCGAUAAUGGAUUUUUAUAUACAUUCAAAAUUAAAACAACUCGAAGAAAAUGGCGUAAUGAAUGAAACAAUGAUUAUAUUUUUAAGUGAUCAUGGAAUGAGAAUGGGAGAAUUUAGAAAAACAUUUAUGGGUUGGUAUGAGGAAAGAUUGCCAUUUCUUUAUAUUUGGUUGCCAAAAUGGUUUCGUGACGCCAAUCCAAAAGUGCACGAGGCAUUAAAAAUAAAUCAAAAUCGUUUAACAUCACCAUUUGAUAUUUAUGAAACAUUACGCGAUAUUCUAAUGAGAAAUAAUGGUUCAGCAAAAUCAAAUUCAAAUUGUCCUAAAUGUACAUCACUUUUUAAAAAAGUUUCUAUAGAACGUGGAUGUCAGGACGCUGGUAUACCAUCACAUUGGUGUGUUUGUUCAGUAUUUGAAAUGAAAAAUGAAGCAUCUGGUAAAAUUGUACUUAAAGGUGCUCAAAAAAUAGUCAAUCAUAUUGAAAAUAUUGUCAAAAAUUAUAAAACAAAAACAAAUAUUCGUUUAUGUUCAAAAUUAAAUUUAAAAAAAAUUCAUAAAUUUCAUCAAAUUUUAAAUUUAAAUAUUAAUUCAACUAAGGAAUAUUAUUAUAUGAUUGAAUUAACACCAGGUAAUGCAAAAUUUGAAGCGACAAUAAAUUAUAACGAUGUGGAUUUUAGCAUUAAUGAUAGAGAAAUAAGUAGAAUUGAUUCUUAUAGAGAUAGUUCAAAGUGCCUCGACUAUGGCCAAAAAAGAUAUUGUCAUUGUAUUAAUUAAUUUUAUAAAUAAAAAUAUGUUUUUUA